AUGGGGGAAAUGCAGGGUGCGCGCCAAAGAUUCGAGAGACCGGUCUCCUGCCGUUUCUGCAGGUCUCGGAAACUGCGGUGCAGCAGAGAGGCCCCAUGCUCCAACUGCGUCUCCCGCGGAAUUGAUUGCGAACUACCAGUAAAGAAUGCCAACAUUCAGUCUGCUGCUCCUAGUACCGAGCUGCUUGAACGCAUUCGCAAGCUAGAGGAGCUCGUGGCCAAUGCGAACUCAGUUCAUAUCACAUCCCAGACACCGGAUACCCCUCAUAGUCUACUGACACAUACAACAAGCCCGUCGACUCUGUCCCCCGACAUCGAUGAUGAUGUUGCUUGGCUUAAGAGCAUUUACACCGCACAGGACCUGUCGGAAAAUGCACCCUCAAGGAAGAUAGCCUUCAGGGUUUGCCCAAUCCAGCAAAUCACACACGCGCAACCUUAUUUCAACCAAAUUGCGCAUACCUCAUCUACACGGUUUGAGCCCAUCAGAUGUAUCUGGCUUCCACAGUAUGAGGAAGCCAAGGUACUUCUCCAGAAGUUUCUUGACGACAUUGACCAUGUCCAUCAUAUAGUCCAUAGUCCUUCACUUCCAGCUAUUUUAGAUGAGGUUUAUGCUUGUCUAAACAAGCAAAGUCAAGUGAAGCCUGGGAGCAUAGUACUGCUUCUAGGCAUAUUCGCGAGCUCGACCCACGCUUGGGUACAUCGCGAUAGUGUUCGUCGUUUGUUUCCUUCAUGGCAGGAAGCUAACGCUCAGGCGCUGUCAUGGGUGAAAGCGGUGGAGGAUGUGCUUGAUAUCUUCCAUCGAACGUCAUCGGUAUCAAUAGAGGGUAUACAGGGAAUCAGUAUUACAACCUUUACAGUAUUGAACAUGGAAGGGUUCUCUCGAAGAUGCAAGUCUUUGUUUAAUAUGGCGUUCAUGCUAGCACGGGAGCUUGGACUACAUUCUCUGGACCAAUCCAAGCCGAUGAACUCGGCGCAGGCAGAAAUCGGACGAAGAGUGUGGUGGUUUCUUGUUGCAGCUGACUGGUUCUUCUCCCUCUGUGUCCGUAAAAUGUUACUACAUCUUCGCCUCUCACAAAUCUCACACAACAUGGUUGAUCGCAGUCCCCUCGUAAUGGGCCUCGCCGGCGGCCCCAACCACGACGUUCUUAUGAGCAUCGAUACUGAGCUUCAAAUGCUCUUAAAUGACAUCCCACCCUUCUUCUCCAUGUCAGUAGAUGAUUUGACUGCAAACUAUCCACUUAGCCAUUCACGUGCUUCAAAAAUAGUUCACCAAGGCUACAUCUUACACUCUCUUCUCUACGCCCAGCGGUGUACACUUCACAUUCCAUACUUCACCCGUGGCCUCUCUGAGCCUGCUUACGCCUCGUCCAGCCAAAUAUGCCUACAAUCCGCCUGCCUCGUCAUCCAAACAGAGUCGAAGUUGGGAAAGUCGGGUAUAUCACCAACACGCUACAAAUUUCUCGGAUUCCUAGUCCCGGUUUUCAUGGCAAGCAUUGUAUUAGUCAUGUAUCUAUGUUAUCAUAAAACCUCAUCACAUCAUGAGGGGCACCGCAAGGAACUAGCCGAGGCUAUCAGGAUCCUCGAAGAGGCCAAACAUGAAUCUCAAACAGCGGCUAAGUUCCUCGAGUCCCUCACACAUGUUCUGAGCAAACACCAAGUUUUUCCGGCACCGAACCAGCAGCUGCCUAAUAGAGCAGUAACUGCUACAAGUGUGCAACCGUAUGGCGAACUAUCACUGCCGAUGUCGACACCAAGUGUGCUGGGAGGAAAUGAAGUUAUUAUGCCGAAUGAAAUGUAUGCAAACAGUGAGGAUUUGUCGGAAUACUUUAAUGAGUUGGCACAGAGCUUUGAGCAGGGAAUCGAUGUGGCAAACUUAAACUGGAAUGAUAUGUUUUCGGGGAUUGAUUCUUCGAUGGUCUGGAUCUAA